AUGAGCAGCACUGUUAGACAAGCCGCCGAGGCAGCACGGUCUAAAACAUCCGCCGAAGUCAUGGGCACCGCCAAAAAUGCACAGGCCGAGACGGCCGCCGUCGCCAACGACUUUCUGCACACGCCCUUCAUGAGGGCCGCUCUGCCCUUCAUCAACGGAGGCAUAAGUGGUAUGGUGGCCACCACGGUCAUCCAGCCAGUGGACAUGAUCAAGGUCAGAAUCCAGCUCGCCGGCGAGGGUGUGGCUGGCGGGCCCAAGCCGACACCUCUCUCCGUCACGCGCGAGAUCCUCGCGAGCGGAAGGGCACUGGAUCUCUACACUGGUCUGUCGGCCGGUCUGCUGAGACAGGCUGUCUACACCACGGCACGGCUGGGCUUCUUUGAUACCUUUAUGGGACGUCUCACUACCCGUGCCAAGGCCAAGGGUAACACCGUUGGAUUUGGCGAGCGGGCUCUCGCCGGUCUCUCGGCCGGUGGUCUGGCCGCCAUGAUUGGCAACCCGGCCGAUCUGGCCCUGAUCCGGAUGCAGAGCGACGGCCUCAAGCCCAUCGCCGAGCGCAAGAACUACAAGUCCGUCAUCGACGCCCUCAGCUCUAUCGCCAAGAGCGAAGGCAUCGGAGCCCUGUGGGCGGGAGCCGCCCCCACGGUUGUCCGCGCCAUGGCGCUCAACUUUGGCCAGCUCGCCUUCUUCAGCGAGGCCAAGGCUCAGCUCAAGGACAAGACCAGCCUCUCCCAGCGGGCGCAGACGCUGAGCGCCAGCGCCAUCGCGGGCUUCUUCGCCUCGUUCUUCUCCCUGCCCUUCGACUUUGUCAAGACGCGCCUGCAGAAGCAGCAGAAGGGCCCUGAUGGCAAGCUGCCCUACAGCGGCAUGGCCGACUGCUUCGCCAAGGUCACAAAGCAGGAGGGUAUCAUGCGCUUCUACCGAGGCUUUGGGACGUACUACGUCCGCAUUGCGCCUCACGCGUAA